AUGGAGAAGGUAGAGAUGAUUCUCUCAAACAGGCAAGUGAGGCUCUUUGUUGUUAUGCUGUUUGUGUCUUUUGUUCGCCCGGAGCCCAUGCGAUUUUCUGUGCCAGAAGAAACAGAAAGCGGUUCCUUUGUAGCCAGUCUUACCAAAGAUCUCGGCAUGGCACUUGGGGAAUUGGCUUCCCGAUCUGCCAGGGUGGUGUCUGACGAUUAUAAACAGCAUUUGCUGCUGGACCCUCAGAACGGAGACUUGCUACUAAGGGAGAAAUUAGAUCGGGAGGAGUUCUGUGGCCCGAAGGAACCGUGUGUGUUGCGUUUCCAAGUGUCCCUGGAAAUGCCAGUGCAAUUUUUUCAGGGAGAAUUACUGAUUGAAGAUAUAAAUGAUCAUGCCCCGGUUUUUCCUGAUAGGGAAGUGCUCCUGAAAAUACCGGAAAACAGCCACCCAGGAACUCUGUUUCCAUUAACAUUAGCAGAGGAUUUGGAUGUGGGCAUUAAUGGGAUUCAAACCUACACAGUCAGCCCCAAUGCUCACUUUUAUGUGCUCACUCGAAAUAAUAGCGAAGGCAAGAAGUACCCAGAAUUGGUCCAGGACAAAGCGCUGGACCGCGAGGAACAGGCUGAGCUCAGCUUAACUCUUGUGGCUCUGGAUGGUGGGACUCCACCUAGGUCUGGCACAGUCUUGGUUCGAGUCCUGAUCAUGGACGUCAAUGACAAUGCUCCCGAGUUUGUGCACUCUCCAUAUGAGGUGCGGGUCCUGGAGAACAGCCCACCAGAUUCUGUGAUUCUAAACGUGCUAGCCAAAGAUGCAGAUGAUGGGAACUUUGGGAGUGUUUCCUAUGGCUUCUUCCAAGCAUCAGAUGACAUUAAGCAAACUUUCUCAAUAAAUGAGAUCACGGGAGAAAUUCGACUGAAAAAGGCAUUGGACUUUGAGAAAGUUACUUCUUACCGUGUGGAAAUGGAGGCCACUGAUGGAGGAGGCCUCACUGGGAAGGGCACUGUAUUCAUAGAGGUGGUGGAUGUGAAUGACAAUGCCCCGGAAAUUACCAUCUCUUCACUCACCAGCUCCAUCCCAGAGAAUGCUGCUGAGACCUUAGUGGCAUUGGUUCUCAAGAGACUGAGAACUAAGGAUCAUGAUUUGACGCCAGCCACAGUAGAGAAGUCUGAGACAUUAUGUCUAGUUAAACAGCAAAAUUCUGGACUGGAGCUAUAG